AUGCUAACCAGUUUACAGGCUAGGGUGGAGAUGAGGCACUUACAGAGAGAAAAUGAAGCCCAGGCAGCCAAACUGAGAGAACUGGAGUUACAAAAGACUGAGGUGGACAAGAUGAAGCAACAGCUAAAAGCACAGGCAGCAGAGCUGACCAACAUGGCAGCCAGGACAGAUGUCACAGAAAACCAGGUGGAGGCUCUGAAAAGAGAUAAUGAAGUCAAACAGGUGGCUUUCUCAACAUCUCUGUUGGCUUCAGGCUCAGGACAUAUUGGACCAUUUAACACAAACACUCCUCUGGUCUUCAGAUACGUUGUCACAAACAUCGGAAAUGCCUACAACCCAAACACAGGUUUGUUCAUUGCACCAGUAAGAGGAGCCUACCACUUUGAGUUCUACAUAGCUGCAGGUGGACAUGCUUCAUAUGGUUCAUCUGUUGUGUUGGUCAAGAACGGAGAGCAUAUUUUUACAGCAUAUGAGCAUCAGCCGUCCCAUUUUGGCACAUCUGCUAAUGGUGCCACGCUGCUUCUAGAGGUCAGAGAUGUUGUGUUUUUGCGUCUCUGGAGGAACACAAGAAUUCAUGACAGUGAAAAUCAUCAUAGCACCUUCAGUGGUAAUCUGCUUUUCACCAUGUAA